AUGGCACUGGCAAACACCGAAAACCUGGCAUGCGCUGUGAGCGCCACAGGCGCAUUUGGCUUCAUGGGGGCAGGGUUUCUUUCUCCAUCCGAUUUAAGGCAAAAGCUAUCCAUGAUCCGACAGACACUUCAAGUAGGCGUAGAUAAGCCAAUUCCAGUAGGGGUAGGGUUCAUCGGCUGGGUACUCGAGAAAACAGAAGAGUCUGAAGACCCCAGAAUAAGAGCAGUGCUGGAGGAGAAAGUCGCUGCUAUAUGGCUUGCAUUUGGUACAAAACUCGGGAGUUACGUGGAGCAGAUUCGGGCGUAUGAUUCCCAAAGGGAGCAUAAGACAGUGAUCUUUACUAUUGUUAACUCUGUGGAAGAAGCUCUCCGCGCCACAAACGAAUGGAAAGUGGAUGUCCUUGUUGCUCAAGGUAUUGAAUCUGGAGGACAUGGUGGCUCUGAGGCACCACCGUUGCUCACGCUUCUGCAGGCUGUGAUUGAUGUUCUUCCCAACGAUGGUCCCUUGGUUGUCGCCGCUGGAGGGGUAUCUACCGGGAAGCAAAUUGCUGCGCUCCUUACCAUGGGGGCAUCAGGUGUCGUACUCGGGACCCGGUUUCUGUUUACAGAUGAGUGCGGUUAUACGGAUGCUAAAAAAGAAGUUCUUAUACAGGCGGGAAUCAAUUCUACUGUCAGAGGCAUGGCGUUUGACGAGGUUGGCCGUACUAUGGGCUGGCCACCAAAGCAGGAUGGACGUGCAGUAUCCAAUAAUAUUAUAAAAGACGUAGAAGAAGGCUUGGAUCUUGAUGCGCGCCUCCGAUUAUUUGAUGAUAGUGCCAAAACCGGAGAUACCUCGCGCCUUGUCGUAUGGGCUGGCGUAGGAGUGGCCCUCACAAAUACGAUUACUCCUGCUGCUGUCCGAUCAGGAUGUAGUUCGACAGUUAAGCGCAGAGAUGUAUAG